GACUGCUCACCCACCAAGGGAUCGCCAGUACCUCCACUCAAUAGGCAGCAACACUGCAAUAACACGAGCUAUCCCACGAGCUCACGGAAUCUAACAAACCAAUUGAUCCUGUGCAGCCCAACUCCAAGCCAGGCGAAUCGAUGGAGAACCGCGGUGGCGCGCCGUCGCCGCACCUGCUGUUCGUCACCAGCCCAAUGCAGGGCCACAUCAACCCGGUCCGCCGCCUCGCCGCCCGCGUCGCGGCAGCUGGCGCCGCGGUCACCGUCUCCACCGCCGUCUCCGGCCACCGCCGCAUGUUCCCCUCGCUCGCGUCGCCCGGCGAGGAGGCCGUCGACGCCGCGGGCGUGCUGCACGCCCCCUUCUCCGACGGCUACGACGAGGGGUUCGAUCCACGGGUGCACGACGUGCGCUCCUUCGCCGCGCGCGCCCGCGCCGUCGGGCGCGAGACGCUCGCGGGCGUCGUCGCCCGCCUCGCCGAGCGCGGCCGCCCCGUCACGUGCGUCGUGUACACCUUCUUCGUGGGUUGGGUGCCUGAGGUCGCGCGCGCCAGCGGCGUCCCCUCGGCGCUCUUCUGGAUCCAGCCGGCCGCCGUGUUCGCGGUGUACUACCACUACUUCCACGGCCACGACGCCGUGCUCGCUUCCUGCGCCAACGACCCGGACCCCGACGCCGUCGUCCAACUGCCGGGGCUGCCGCCGCUCAAGUCCCGCGCGCUCCCGUCCGUCGUGGCGUUAACCUCGCCGGAGCAGCGGGGCUACGAGGUGGUCGGCACGCUGCGCGACCUCUUCCUGGCGCUCGAUGAGCACAGGCCCAAGGUGCUGGUCAACACGUUCGAUGCGCUGGAGCCCGACGCGCUCCGUGCGGUGCCGGGGUUUGAGCUCGUCGCCGUUGGGCCUGUGGUGCCAGGAGGCGCGUCCCCGUCCACCACGGACCUGUCCCUGCGCGACGACGACGACGUGAAUGGGUACAUGGAGUGGCUGGACACCAAGGCCGCGCGCUCUGUGGUGUACGUCUCGUUCGGGACCAUAUUAGCGGUGAGCAAGCGGCAGGAGUUGGAGACGUUGCAAGGACUGAAGGCCGCCGGCCGGCCGUAUCUAUGGGUGUCACGCAAGGUCGCAGAGGCCGAUGGUGCAGAGUUGGACGGCACGGGAGCGGGGAUCAUGGUGGAGUGGUGCGACCAGGUGCGGGUGCUGUCCCACCCGGCAGUGGGAUGCUUCGUGACGCACUGCGGGUGGAACUCGGCGCUGGAGAGCAUUGCCUGCGGCGUGCCUGUCGUGGCCGUGCCGCAGAAGUUCGACCAGCCGACAGUGGCGUGGCUGGUGGAGGAGUGCGCGGGCGUCGGGGUGCGCGCGCAGGCGGACGGCGAGGGAAUCGCGGAGCGAGGCGAGCUCCAAAGGUGCGUGGAGACGGUCAUGGGCGACGGCGAAGCAGCAGUGGAGAUCCGAACAUGCGCGGCAAAAUGGAUGGAGCGGGCCAAGGAGGCUGUCACCGGCGGCGGGACGCUGGAGAGGAAUCUCCGAGCGUUCCUGUCUGGUUUCUGAAGAACCAACACAUGCGUGAUUCUUUGUUUCACACGAAGAUUUGCGAGGUAAUAUCACUGAAAGUCACUAAAUUUCGCGUCUGAUGUGCAGUUUGAUGCUGGAUCUUUCAAAAUAAGGUUUUUGUCAUCAAACUUGUCAUUUGGUGCAAAUACGGUAGUUCCAUUCAAAAGCGUGUAUAUUCGCUGCUGAUGUGGCAUGCACGGGUCCACUGUCAGCGACCUAUGCCGUUUCAGAGCGACGCGCGUGCAGAUUUUUUGCUCAGACCACCCUAGAAUUAUUUUUAUUUGCGCUAACUGAACUAACUGAACUACAAAUAACUGAACUUGCUGAACGCACUACUCUUACUGAACUUUCUGAAGAUAACUGAAGAUAGCGAUUACCGAACUUGCACUUGGUGCUCUGGAGCGUAGUCACCGGUAUAUAGCAUGUGUCACGGGUGGGAGACAUGCCAAUACAAAAGAGGAAAUGCAUACAGUGACCAUCAGCAUUAACAACGGAAAUGCAGUAAGGUAGUACCUAUGUACUGAAUAUUUUUACAACGAAAAUGCAGUAUAGUUUGGUACUGAAUUUAAUCAUGAAAUUAUCACAAAAAAUUCUGUUGCACACAGCUCUGUACUGAAUUUUACACAAAAAUGCAGUACAACUUUGUACUGGAUUUAUCCAUGAACGUUUUGCAUGCAGUGACCAUCAUCAUGAACCGGACAUACGAAUACUAAAUAUCAACCAAUGCACAUACUUUUAUUACCAGGCAGCAGAUAGCUCAGAACAGAACAUAUAUAAUUUGCAAGAAGGAAAUCAUUCAUAAUUAACAGGGAGAGAUAUAGCCAAAACAAGUUCAUUUGUCUUCCAGGUAUAAAACAUUAAGUGCACAAACUCACAUCAAUUUUACUUAACCUAACAAAUGAGCUGACAAAUUCAGUACAGAAUUUCAGACAUGUUUAGUGCAGAAUUUCAGUUAACAUAUUGUGUGCACACAUUCAGUUAACAGGUUAAGUGCUCUAAUUCAGUUAAAACUACGGCGGAUAACAAAUUCAGUUAAGUAACUUGUGAAGUCCCAAUAAAACAGAUAAUUAUCAUUUUCAGUUAACAAUCUCAGUCGCAUAAUGUGCAACAUAUUCAGUUAACUUAGUUUGCAGACAUAUUCAGUGUAUACAGUCUCACAAAAAUUCAGUAAACAUCUGUUGUCUGAUCUUACUUUUUCAGACAUAAAAGUUACCUCGUUCUUAACCCCCAGAAAACCCCUAGCUUGAAUUGCCAAAUAGGGGAACUAGACCCUGCAAAUCUAAUGCGUACGACAAAGAUUGUUUACUCAGUACGCGUACGUGAAUGAAUCAAAUGGAGAGAAACGAGACAAAGGGAGUCAAUAAUGAUCGCACCACCAAACAGGAACCCUACCUCGGCUUGUGUCGCCACAGAAAAGAAAGCAGGGAGCAGAGGGGAGAAACGAGACAAAGGGGAGAAGAGACUAACCAUACGACGACGCUAAUUCACCCGGAUGCGGUCGACAUGGGUCCUCCAACUCCUCCAACGGCCGCCGUGACAAACCGCGUCCUCCGCCUCCGCCUCAGAACAAUCGAGAAACAAAGCGGUCGGGAGUCAGCGCAAAUAAAAUUAAUUCUAGGGGGGUCUAUGCAAAAAAGCCACGCACGCAUUGCCCCAAAACGGUGUUGGUCGCUGAUAGUGGACCCGCGCAUGCCACUUUGGCGUCGGAUACUGACGCGUUCGAAUGAAGUGACAGUACUUGCACCAAAUGACAAGUUUGACGACCAAAAAAACGUAUUUUAAAAGAUCUAGCACCAUACUGUACAUCCAACACAAGUUUAGUAACUCUCGCUAAUAUUACCUCAAGAUUUGCCGCUGGAUCUCUUAAUAAAAUUCGUAAUAGAGUUGGCUAUUUCUUAGCUGCAAAAGUUAAACAUUGAAUUUUGCAGCACCA